AUGGGAUCUGAAACUCCUUCCGCUCAUAUAUUUCUGGUGUGUUUUCCAGCACAAGGACACAUAAACCCCAUGCUCAGGCUAGGCAAGCGCUUGGCUGCCAAGGGCAUGUUGGUAACUUUCUCCACGACUGAAAACUAUGGCAAAGAGAUGAGAAAAGCCAACAAUGGCAUCAGUGAGGAAGCCACACCAGUUGGCUCUGGUUUUAUCAGGUUUGAAUUUUUCCCAGAUGGGCUUCCAGAAGACGACCCAAAACAAACCGACUUGGAGUACUAUGUGCCCAAGCUUGAGCUGGUGGGGAAGGAGCUGGUCACUCAGAUGAUCAAACGACAUGCCACUGAAGGUCGUCCAGUUUCUUGCGUUGUCAACAACCCCUUCAUUCCUUGGGUUUGUGAUGUUGCCGUUGAGCUUGGGAUCCCUCAGGCCACGCUCUGGAUUCAGUCCUGUGCUGUGUUCUCGGUUUACUACCAUUACAACAACAAGACGGUGCCGUUUCCUACGGAAGCCGAGCCAAAUAUGGAUGUUCAGCUACCUUGUAUGCCUGUUUUGAAGCAUGAUGAGAUUCCUAGCUUCUUGCACCCUUCUGAUACAUUUCAGGUUUUGGGAAGGGCAAUCUUAGGCCAAUUCAAGAAGCUAUCAAAAUCAUUUUAUGUAUUAAUGGACACAUUCCAAGAGCUGGAGCCCGAAAUCAUCGAGCACAUGUCCCAAGUCUGCAUAGUGAAGCCUGUUGGUCCCUUGUUCAAGAACCCAAAAGCUCCCAAAACAAGCAUCAGAGGAGACUUAAUGAAAGCUGACGACUGCCUUGACUGGCUUGACUCAAGGCCCCCGGCAUCCGUCGUGUACAUUUCUUUUGGUAGCAUUGUCCACAUAAAACAAGAGCAAGUUGACGAGAUUGCUCAUGGACUUUUGAGCUCCGGGGUCUCAUUUUUAUGGGUCCUCAAGCCACCUGCCAAAGCAUUUGGGUUAGAGAAACAUGUUCUGCCACAAGGGUUUUUGGAAGAGGUUGGGGACAAGGGAAAAUUGGUCCAAUGGAGCCCACAAGAGCAAGUUCUAGGGCACACGUCGGUUGCAUGUUUUUUGACUCAUUGUGGCUGGAAUUCUUCGGUUGAAGCCCUCACUUCUGGUGUGCCAGUUGUGACUUUUCCUCAAUGGGGCGACCAAGUCACCAAUGCCAAGUUCUUGGUGGAUGUGUUUGGUGUGGGGCUUAGACUCAGUCGGGGCAUGGCUGAGAAUAGGUUGGUCACGAGGGCGGAGGUUGAGAAGUGCUUGUUGGAGGCAACCGUGGGAGAUAAGGCGGUAGAAUUGAGGCGUAACGCUUUGAAGUGGAAGAAGGCAGCGGAGGAGGCGGUGGCGGAGGGCGGCUCCUCCGACCGGAGUCUUGAAGAUUUUCUGGACGAGAUUAGCAAGAUCACGUCUGUUGCUUAG